AUGCCGCCGCAUUACCUUCCAGACUCCUUGUUCCCUUCCAAUAAUGGGACGGCCCUCAUCGACGGAGAAGAUUUGUACUCUUCUUCAACAAAUGGAGAUUCCCGGUUGGGUGUUGGUCGUGGCCAACCUAUCCUACGAGCCGUAAGCCUCAGUCGCAAACCCGCAGGACCACCCCAUGUCGUCGGUCGUCGGAGAUCUCGCUCGGAUGCCAAGUCAUCCACUGCGACGCUAUUGCAAUCAAUGCCCGAGGGCUCCAUAGACAACUCCACCGACGGGCGCUCUCACCGCAAACAAAUGACAGCACCUUAUCAAUUGACCCUUCAAAUCCCAGCGACACCUACCGUAUCCUCCAGCCGCUAUCUGACUCCUGGGUCGUGGCAUAACUCGCCACGCUCUCCUGGAAAUGCCUGGUCGAGCUUCUCCUCCCCCUCAUCGACCUCUUCGCGGUCGCGUGGCCUGACACAUGCUCGCCUACCCGAGCUCACCUACAGCCCGUCGCAUGAUGGUGGACCCAGUCCAUCACACAAUGAGCCCACCGCCUUUGGCGAUGGGCUUUCGCCAGUAAUCACCAUUAAUGAUGUUACUGCCGAUGGCUCGACUGCCUUGCUCGAGCCUCUUACGGAACUCAACCUCAAAGGCUUCCCCUCCCCGUCUCGGGAGGAGCAUACUGAUGGCUUGCAGACGUGGGCCAAUCGUGUGGUCAGCACCACGCCUAACAUCAACAUACCCUACUCUCCCUACUCUCCCCACCCUCGCUUCCAAGAAGAUAACGACUCGGAUGGCUUGCAUCCCUUUUCAAACACGAUACUUGCCGCUGAGCACAACAACGGAGAUGGUCUUCCCUUCUUUCCGUCUUCGCCUUUUCCUGGGUACUCUCCCUUCUCAAGCUGGCCUCAGUAUCUUGACCUAUCUCCAUCGCCACAUUCGAGUUCAACAAGCAUUCCACUGGUAUUGCCUGUUUCCGACCAUUCUAUUGCUGUACCCAUAACGCAACUUACGGAGGAGAAUCAUACUCCUCAUGUGCAAACGGAGUCAAGCCAUGGCUUUGCAAACCAGUCUUCCCCGUCAAUUUCAACUCUGUACUCGCCGCAUGUUGAAGCCAAGGCAGCACCGCCCCGCGCUCAUCAACAUGUCUUCUUUGCCCGUUUCCCCUUCAACGACGAAUUCAUCUCGCAGUCCGACAAUCUUAGCUUCUUGCAGUUUCCCUCGGUCAAUCCAGGAGACCCCCCCCCCAACGAUCGACGACCCCAUUCCCCCCAUUCCCGGGUUUAA